ACUACCGGUAACCACCCUGCGGCGCGACCGGUUAAUCCCCACACGUCUUUAUGAUAGUUCAAUAAUGCUCCCCUGGUGUUUAUUUAUAUGCGAAGCUACGCACCACUUCGCCAUUCCCCCAGGAACCCCAUAUUUGCGCUAUUUAUCUAUUUAUUAUUGUACAAACUCAUUUGGCUCGAUCCCAAAUUUCUUCGUGUUUCUCCAUAUCCAAUCGCGUGUACAUGUGUUUGAUGAAAUGCAGAAGAAGGAGCGGUGCGAGGGAUUGGCGCAGGGGUCGAAGGCGCCGCCGCCAACGCAGCGACCGCCGACGCAGAGGAAGAAGAAAGUGAGAGGCCCGCAUAAAGGGCUCGCGUAUGCGGGCUCCGAGCGCUGCGUCUCGUGCACCACCUUCAACAUCCUCGCGCCCAUCUACAAGAGGCUCGAUAAGGAGGAUCAGAGUUGCAGGGAGAGUCAACAUAGAGCUUAUUGGUUGAGCAGGAAUCAGAGCAUCAUCGACAGGCUAUUGGCCGAUCGGUCUUCGAUAAUUUGCCUCCAGGAGGUUUGGUUGGGGAAUGAUGAGCUUGUUGACAUGUAUGAGAAGAGGCUCGGUGAGGCCGGAUACAUCAGUGUCAAGCUUGCAAGGACUAACAACCGCGGGGAUGGUCUAUUGACUGCUGUACAUAGAGACUAUUUUAGAGUCUUGAAUUAUCGGGAGUUGCUGUUCAAUGACUUUGGCGACCGCGUCGCCCAGCUAUUACAUGUUGAGUCCGUCAUUCCCUUUUGGCAGAAUCGAAGCAGCAGCAUUAAGCAGCAAAUCCUCAUUGUGAAUACCCAUUUGUUGUUUCCUCAUGAUUCCAGCCUAUGUAUAGUUCGUCUACAGCAGGUUUACAAAAUCCUCCAGCAUGUAGAAUCAUAUCAGAAAGAACAUAACCUCGGCCCUAUGCCUAUCAUACUAUGUGGUGAUUGGAACGGGAGCAAAAGAGGGCAUGUUUACAAGUUCCUUAGGUCGCAGGGUUUUGUAUCAUCAUAUGACACGGCUCAUCAAUACACCGACAGUGAUGCCGAUGCCCACAAGUGGGUAAGUCAUCGCAAUCAUAGAGGGAAUGUGUGUGGAGUUGAUUUUAUAUGGCUCCUUAAUCCCAAUAAGCAUAGGAAGCCACUCAAAACUAGCUGGAAUGAAGCUGUUUUAGGAAUUAUUAAGUAUCUUCUCCGAGCAGCUUCCCUUUCUGAGGUUAAUGCAUUUGCAUCCCUUAAAGCAGAUAGCCCCGGUGAUUACGUUACCUACUCGGGCUUUUGUCAGGCACUCUGUCAGUUGGGCUUAACUGGCCAUCCCAACGGCUUAAGUUCUGAAGAGACAAAGGACUUGUGGGUUCACGCAGAUGUUGAUGGAAAUGGCAUGAUGGAUUACGAAGAAUUUCAGCGAAGCAUAUGGAGCCCUAGAUGGUUGGAGCAACCCGAGGAAAACUUCGAACAGGAGAGUGAUGAAGGACUUAUGGCUGAUGCCUUUGGUUUCGACGUGAAGGAUGCCGUUCUCUUCCCCCCCGAAGUGGAAAAAGGAAUGUGGCCGGAAAAUUAUUCUCUCUCUGAUCAUGCACCAUUAACAGUAGUUUUCUCCCCUGUACGAAUGCCUUGUACUCAUGCUAGCCCUUGUUUAGACAUUAUGUGAUGAGUCACAGACAAGCUUGUUCCUGCUGAUGGUAUGUACAUACUAAGGUAAACAAGGUCAAAAGUAGUGAGAAACUUUAGAUGAGGAGUGUAAAUUAUACUGCUUGAGAAAUAGGAGGAAAAAAAAAAAAAGAAAUCAGAAAAUGGGAGAUGAAAAAUGUAUGAUGCAUCAGUUCAUCUACUAAAUACAUCUUUUGUCCCGAAAAGAGUUAAAUAAAUUAAGAUUCCUAUCUUUCUGUAAUCAUCAAUUUGAUUUUGACAUGUAAGGGGAUCUUUAAUCUUUAUUUUUUAUAUUUAGAUUUGAUUUUGUUA